AUGACUGCGCACGAUGUUCGGCUCAGGGACCCAAGGACGCUGACCUCGCUGCCAGAAAUACUGUCCUGUCUGUCGGCGUACCAGUCGGAGGAAGCUGAUCUCUCCAGCAGCCUCUCGGAUUUGCUGUCUGCCCGCGACCCCAUCAUCAAUUCAUUGGCACGGCUGACGACGCUCGUGCCCCUCAUCGACGACCUUCAUGGCGAGGCAGCUCUGCUCGCGAACAAGGUCUCACAAACUGCGCAGACUGCGGAGCGCGUCGGCGGUCGCGUUCGUUCCCUGGAUGAAGAAAUGAAACGAAUACGCGAGGCCUCAGAUCGCGUCGGCCAGGUCGUGGAAUUGAAGUCGUCCCUAUCAGCGUUGCAAGCGUCCAUAGAAGCCCAGGACUGGGAUUCGGCGACUAGACACUGUGCUCGCGCUAUGACUCUUCCGCCUGAAGUGAUCGGUGGUCCCUUUGCGGAGCAGGCAGUUCCUACAUCUGAAAGUCAUUUACCCCCGGCACAAACUUUGCAAGAGGCACGCGAGCAUCUGCUGCGCGUAUUCCGUCAGCAAUUCAAGCAGGCAUCUGAAUCACGCGAUUCUGCUGUAACAAGCCGUUUCUUCAAGCUAUUCCCUGCCAUAGGAUGGGAAGUCGAAGGACUGGAAGUAUAUGCCGCGUUUGUUGUUGAUUUAGUACGCGUACGGCCUCCGGCCUCAGCGAAAACUUCCUCGCCAAUGUACUACAUAACGGCACUGACUGCCCUCUACGAAAGCGUCGCAAUGAUCGUCGAUCAGCAUCAGCCUGUAGUUGAGAAAUACUACGGAGCCGGUAAAAUGAUCCCUGUGGUAGAGAAACUCUUGGAUGAAUGCGACCGUGUAACAAAGAUGCUUCUAGACGGAUGGGAAGGAGAGCGACGCAUCAAACGACAUUUAAACGAUGUCGCUACCCAUCCACUAAGCUCCGCUAAUGGCAGAAGGGUGAUGAUACAGCCAGAACAAGACGACGUCGACCCCCGAGAAAUAGACAAGUUGCUGACGGAAAUCGCCAGCAUGAGCGGCCGAUGGCACCUCUUUUGUAGAUUCCUCCGUCGAACCCUCGACGACGCUAGUGAUUCCGACUCCGGAAAGGAAGGAGACACGAACAUUCAUACCGACGCAGAAGCCAUGCGCUGUAUUCAAAAGUCCGGGUCCAACAAGUUAUUUAUGGAGCUUCUAAGCACUUGUUACAUGCCAAUGGAAGUCUGGUAUCUCCGUAGCGUCGUUGAAAAGGCCCAUCGGCUCUCAAGCCGCGACUUGAGCCAGGGACCAACAUCGACAACCACCCCCGAUGAUGUCUUUUAUGUUCUCAAAGUAGUUCUAUCACGCUUGCUUUCAACCGGCUCUCUCGCCACGGUCGAGAAGACCACCAACCAACUUAGAGAUGUUAUGGAACAAGACUAUGCUGGCGGCAUCAAGAAGAAGCUUGAUGAUGUAUAUCGGCCUUCAGCUAGUUCAGGCAAUCGGGGUGAAAGGGCGGAGGCUGAAAAUCGAAUAUCGUUCAUUACAUUCUUGAACGACCUCGACAUAUCAACGUCUCAUGUAGAACGGUUGAUCAAAGGUAUCCAAGACUCACCUAUCGUAGCCCAGCACUUUGUCGGAGAAAAUCAACCGUUAGUGAAGAGCUACCUGUCUUCUUUUGCUGGCGUAGGCAACAAGUUCACAUCUAUCCUCCGACUCGGCGUUGAACAACUCUUCAAUCAGCUCAUUCGGCCCAAGCUGCGCACUUUCCUAGUGGAUAUAUACCGAGAUGUCUCGUACGUUCUCGAUGACAACAACUACGCCGCUGCCGAAUACCAAGAUGUAGUCCGAAAGAAAUUCAUCAAGUCAUGGGAAGGUUUCAUGGAAGCAUACAAAGAAUCGUUUACUGAGCAUAACUAUCGCAUGUUCUUUGGCUUGAUGCUAGAUGUCUUGUUGCGACCAUGGGAGAAGUUGAUUACGGGCCUCCAGUUCAACGAACUUGGUGCCAUCCGCUUCGAUCGCGACCUCCGAUCGAUCACAACAUAUCUUGCCUCACAGACUGCGUUCGGCGAUGCACGCGAGAAAUUCGUUCGUCUCCAACAGAUAUCGACGCUUCUGAACCUCGAUAGUGAAGAAGAUGUAGACGAGUUCUAUAACGGGUCUGGGAUCACCUGGAAACUCAGUGCGCAGGAAGCACGGGCCGUAGUUGCGCUCAAGGUUUAG